AUGUCAGGCGAGGUAAUCGUCUCCAAAGUUGCAGGCUUUUUGCAAUUAGAUGCAACUUUACUAGAUGGAAUUGACAAUACCGUUCUAAAUUCUAUAAGCGAGAAACUGGAGGAAUUAAGAAGAGAGAAGUCUGAAAAUGUAAAAAUAUCUGCUUCCUUAGACCAAAUGAAAUCCCAAUCAGAAAUGAAGAUAGAAUCUCUCAAGAGCCAUAUUUCCCAAUUAAUCAAGGAUAUAGAAGACAACAAAAAUGAAAGGAUUAGCUUUGAAGAAGACAGAAGGCGAUUAAUAGAGGAAAAGGCAAUUUUUUCUAAGAAAAUCAUUGAACUAGAACAGAAUGUGCAAAAGGAGAGGCAACAAAAGGAACUGACUGCAGCUAGUAACCACGAUUUAGUUAAAUCCAUCGGUGAGAAAAAUGAUGAAAUCAGGUCACUUGAAUAUAAACUCAAUGAGCUACAGUCAACAAAUAAACAGCUUAGACAAGAAGUUUUAGAUACCGAUGCAGAACUACAAGCAUUGAAGAGUAAAGAAUUGCGGGAAAAAAGUGAGUUGUCGAGGCUUGAGCAGGAGAAGAAACUUCUCCAAGACAACAAUGACUGGCUCACAACAGAACUUAAUGCUAAAAAUGCUCAAUUCAAUGAAUAUAGAGAAAACACUUCUGUCAAAAUUCAAGAAUCUGCAUCGAAAAUAUCACAGUUACAAUCCGAACUUGAUUCAUCAAAAUCAAACAAUGAAUCAUUAAAUCAAACUUUAAAUCAAUUGCAAACCCAGCUUCACGAAAAAUUGUCAGAAAACAAAAAAAUCAAGGACGAUUAUAACUUCAAUGAACAAGAGUUUGAAAAGGAAUUAUCUUUGAAACAAAAAAUGAUCGACGUGUUAGAAAAACAUGUCGAAUCGCUCAAGAAAGAAAUGGAGUCUACCAAGAAAACAAUUCAAUCUUCUUCCUUUAGCGACAAGGAUAGAGAUGAUCUUUUAGAAGAGAUCGAAGACCUGAAAAAACGUUUGGAAGCCUCUGAGUUGAAAUGCGUGAAAUUGAAUGAGUCUAUCGAAGAACUUACUUCAAAUACAGCCAUCGAAGACCCAAAUAUCAGCAACACAGUUAAUUCUGAAACAUCUGUAUCUGCUAUUCCAAAGCUAUACGGCGACAUAGGUAUGCUAAAAAAGCAACUAAUAGUUGAAAGAAGACAAAAGGAAGAGCUUAAAUCGCAAGUACAAGCCUUUGUUAUAGAACUAGAACACAAGGUACCCAUUUUAAAUUCAUUUAAAGAAAGAACAGAAAUGCUAGAAAAUGAGUUAAACGAGGUAACGAUUCUUUUGGAAACUACCGGAAAAGACAGAGAUAACAAAGCUUCACAACUUGAACAUCUUAAAGCUACUAUUAAUAGUUAUGAAUCACAGAUUUCAUCGUUGUCAAAACAACGUAUCGAUCUUGCUCGACAGAUUCAAUUUUUGUUGGUAAACCAAUCCAUAAAAACUAGUAGUGAUGGUCCUUUAACAGCUGAUGAACUAAAGUUUGUAGAAAAUCUGGUAAAAUCAGAAGAUACAACAAGCGUAUCUGACACCCAAUCAGUGAUUACUGAUCGCCUUGUUAAAUUCAGUUCAAUAGUUGAACUCCAAGAGAAAAAUGCUGAACUUCUUUCAACAAUUCGUAAUCUAGCUGAUGAACUAGAGAGAAAGGAAGCAGAAUCAAAAGCCCAAAGCCAACUUUUAGAGGAUGAUACGGUAAGAGAAGCAAAAGAAACAAUCUUCGCUUUGCACGACCAUGCCCAAAACCUAGAACAACAGCUGUCCGUUUUGACAAAAGAAAGGGAUGCAUAUAAGGCUUUAGCAUCGAAUUCAAAUUCGGAUAGUACGGUAACGAAAUCGAUAACUUACCAAACAACAGAUCUGGAUACAAAGGCUAAAGAACUUGAAACUAGAAUAACUGCUGUAAUACAGGAAGCUGAAAACAACGCAAAUGAGUGGUCUAACGAGAACAACGAAUUGAAAAAGAGAUUAUAUGAAGUAUCUCUUCAAUUCGAGUCGGAGAAAACUUCUCGAGUUCUUGCUGAAGACCGUUUGAGCCUGUUACAAUCUACUUUGGAGUUAUCUAAAAAGCAAUGUGAAGAAUUGAAAAAGCGGUCCGAUGAUCUUCAGAAAAUUCUCACCAAACAGGAUAAAAGGACUCAAGAAACUGUAGAAGUUUUAAUUAGCACAAAAACCGAAUUAUCUUCACUUCAAUCAGAAUUAACCAUAUUGAAAUCUGAGAAGACUUUCCUCGAGAAAGUUCAAAAAGAUCUGAAGAAGGAAAAUGAAAGACUCUCUAAAGAAAGUGUUGAAUACAAAGUUUUGAUUGCUCAACUACAAGCUCUCCAACGUGAACGGGAUGCCCUUUUGAAAGAAACCCAAGAAUCGUUCCAAGAGAAAUUGCAGAAGUUAGAAAACGAACUCACUUCGACUUCGGAACGUUUAACUGAAAAGGAAAAGAUAAUUGAAGAGAACAGCAACUCCAAGCAACAGGAGUACAAGUGGUUCCAAGAGAAGAUUGAUGAGUUAAACAAUGAUGUCAACAAAUUCAGGGACUUAGCAAAUGAAAAAGAUAUUGAAAUUCAAAGUAUUCAGUCUAAAACUCGAGAACAAGCUGCAAAACUCAAGGAAUUUGAAGCCAAAAUUCAAUCUUACGACAUGUUGAACAACAUCGAUGAUACCCAUAACCUCGUAGAGACUCUAAGGCAAGAACUUGAGAAAACUAAUUUACAACUCUCUGAUGCAUAUUCUCAAAUGGAACAUUUCAAAAAUAGCGCUGAAAAAUCUGCAGAAUCCGUCAAUGAAAUAAGUGCCACAUUUGAAAAAGCACAACAGGAAUCUCAAAAUGUUAUAAUUUCCUUGGAAUCUGACAAAAAAAAUCUUCAAAACACUGUUAAUAUUCUAAACGAUCAAAUCACAGACUUGAAUAAUGAAAUAUCUCAUCAAAGGGACCAAUAUCAAACUGAAAGACAAUCGUUAUUGGAACAACUUGACCAACUUCAAUCGGUCAAGAAUUCUGUUGAUGACAUGAAAUCAAAAUACAAACAGGAGAUUGAAAUGAUCCAAAAAGAUUUGAGGAUGCAAACUCAAUAUGCGAAUGAUGCCCAAAAAAGCUAUGAGCAGGAACUUCAAAAACAUGCGGAUGUUUCUAAGACAAUAACGAGCUUAAGAACUGAAGCACAACAUUCUAGAGAAGAGCUUGAGAACAUAAGAAAUCAAUUUUUGACAGCUUCUGAAACUUUAAAGAAUAAUGAAGAGCUCAUUGAGAAACAACGAUCCGAAUAUGAAGGUAGAAUUUCAGAGCUGCAACAAAAGGUUCAAGAAUUGUCCUCACAAAAUACCCUUCUUUAUGAUCAACUUGAGCUGCUUAACAAAAGUGAGACUAAUGAGAAUGUUGUUGACUCCAAUGAUUUAUUAAUAUCUCUUCGUCGCGAAAGGGAUGUUCUUCAGACUAAACUUGAAAUUGCAUUAAGUGAACAAAACGUCUUAAGACAGAGAUUAGAUCUUUCUAAAGCCGAUGUUCAAAGCUUAAACUCAGAACUAUCCUACUUGAAAUCCUCGACAGAGGAAAGCGUCAAAAUAUUGGAACAACACGAAAGUAUCAUGAAAGAGCUAGACCAAUUAAAUUUAUUAAGAGAGAGCAAUAUCACAUUAAGGUCUGAAAAUUCAGAACUCAAAAAUGAGUGUACUGACUUGAAUUCGAAAAUAAAGCAACUAGAAGAGAGAAUUUCUCCAUUAGAAUCCUCGAUCUCUGCAUUGCAAACCUCCAUAAAUCUAAAGGAACAAGAAUUAAAUCUAGCAAAGGAGGAGGCCGAUCGUUGGAAGAAGCGUUCUCAAGAUAUUUUGCACAAAUAUGAGAGGAUAGAUCCUGAAGAACAUGGAAAGCUAAAGGAUGAAAUUAAUAUUGUUAAAGAAGAUUUGAAAAAGACCAAAGAAUCAUUACACAUUGUCACAACAGAAAAGGAUGAUUGGGAAUCAAAGUUUCAAAGACUCAAAACACAAGCACGUGAUAAAUUAACUGCUGCCAGAGAAAAGGAACAGUCUUUAACUUCAGAGAUCAAUGAAAUGAAACAGUCAAAAGCAAAAAUCGAGGAACAAUUGCAGCAGUCUUCUGCUACCAUUUCAGAGUUAAAAGAAAAGUUAAACCUCAUUUCUGAAGAGAAAGACGCAAAGGAAAAAGCAUUUGAUUCACAAUUAGCAAAAUUACAAGAGGAUUUGUUAGCUGUUCAAAAGCAAAUGGAGUCAACUGCAGUAUCCAGCGAGCAAAACGUUGAUGCGGAAAAGGAGAUCGAAUCCUUAAGUAUCACAAUCAAGGAUUUAAAUAAAAAGAUUCAACAAUUGGAGACUGAUCUUGCAAGUGCACAAGAACAAUUAGUCAAUGGUCAUCCAGCGGUGAUUAGUGAGGACACUUCGCAAGUUGUUGAAAAAUUGAAGAAGGAGUUUGAAGCCGAAAAAGAACAGCUAUUAAGAGAUAAAGAAAGAGAACUAACUUCACUCUUCGAAGCUCAAAAGGAGGAAGCGUGGAAGGUUAGAGAAGAACAGUUAAAAAAGGAAUUUGAGCAAAGAGCGGAAGCAUUGAAAGAAGAAUCACAAAAGAACUCCGUAGAGGCUGACGCUUCGAAUAAUAAGGAAACAGCGAUAGAUAUUGAUGCAUUGAAGACUGACUGGGAGAAAGAAUACGAGACCCAGACGCUAGAAAGAAUCAAGUCUGCCGAAGAAGCCCUCAAAAAGAGAAUAAGACUUCCUACACAACAAAAGAUUGAUAAAAUUGUCGAAGCUAGAAGAGCAGUACUAGAGGAAUCGUUUGAAGAAAGGGUUAGAGAGAAAGCUCAAGAAAUGAUAGCGAACGGCGGAGUAGAUUCUGUAUCACUAGAACAACAUCGUGCUGAACUUGAAGAACUAAAGGCUAACUUACGCAAACAAUUCGAAGAGGAUUUGGCCGAGAUUAAACAAAAAUCAUUCGAAGAAGGUAAACAACAAGUAUCUUUAAAACUAAAAUUCUUAGAAAGCAAGAUUAAAAACUUGGAGAAAGACAAGAGGCAACAUGACACUGUGGAAGCCACACCAGAUCCGUCUAACAACUUUCAACAUGCUACCUUUGGAACACAACAAAACGUAACAAAUCCGUUCUCAAUGACAGCAAAUGCUAGCAAAAGAAUGGUUGAUGAACCCUCCUCAGAGCAACCAGUAAAGCGCCAAAAAGAGGAUAGUAUGGGAUCCAGUAGUGAAAAUGCUGAUAAAUAA